AUGUUUCACCCGAAUUGAGCACCUCAAGGAAGCGCCGAACACGCAAAGAUAGUGGAACAACUAGACCACUUUCUCAACAAAAAUCACGGCCUGAGAUCAUCUGUAAUCUGUGAAGCAACUGGUAGCACCUGGCCAAAGUCUGUGCCGUUGUUGGAGGAGCAAUCCAUCCCCAUACGUCGACGGCUCCAUCGUCCAUCCGUAUUUCCAGUAUUCGCGUCAUCUCAAAAUCAUCACGGAACGUCUAGCAGACUAGCCAGGCAGCCAUCCGAGAUGUCCUCAACGCGUUGUGGCUGUUCUUCACCAUCGUCAGCAUGGUCACCUCGUUCCAACCGAGACUCCUAUCCCUCCGAAGGACGUUUGCCAGAUGGAAGAGCCCUAAAAUCUCCUGCUCCUACAGCUUCAUCUUUUGCGCAUGCUCAUCGUGUGUCUGCGUACAGCCCAGCCCUUCCUCAACCGCCACCAUACCCUGGUCCUCGAGAAGAGUCCAUCUCUUCCCUGAUAUCAUCUACAAAUUCAAUUCCACAUCCAAGCACUAGUUCUAUUCACCUCGCCUACCACAAUCAUGUGAACAACUCUCCAUCGGGUACUUUGCUCUCGGAGACCUCCGAUAAAGUUCGACGCGUAUGUUUGAGCAAGGAAGGGAACGAGUUCGGCAUCGGCUUGGAAAAUUCGGAUAGAGGCGUUGUCAUUUCGAACGUCCCUGGGAGAGCUAACGGUCUAGUUAGGAGAGGAGAUAGGCUUCUUGAUGUAUGCCCUCAA